GCCCAACAUAUUUUUAAGGUCAGUUUAAUUCAUGCUCAUUUUUUUCACUUUUAUCUCCACACGAAAGAAAAUAAUGAAAUAUCGUCGCAUUCUUAGUGAUGGGAAGACUACAAGACAAUCAAUACACACCUUUACAGCAUAGAAAAAGGAAGACCACUGCCAGAAAAACCCAGGAUGACUUGAGAAAUAAGUUGAAAGAAGACGAAGCAAAAUUACAGGUUAGCAACCCGUAUAAUAAAUGCGCACUACUGGACUUCCUAUUAGAAAAACUAUAGAGCAGCUUAAUUUUUGCCUUCCAACUGUUUGCUGUUGCUAGGCAACCUUUUGCCCACCUCUUGACCAAACACUUAUCCAUGCUAUUUGGAACGAUUCGCAAAAUUAUGAUGCCGCAUUCAAGUUAUUAUCGGCCUUAGCCAAAGAGGUCGAUCAGACUUUGGAAGAACAAGACGAAACGUUGCGAUCUAUGCAAAAUUUGCAGCUUGAUGAACCGGCAAAAACAACUGCAAUUGCGGUCACCUCAGCAGCUAAAGACACCACGACUAUCAAUACGUCAGAUACCUCAGCCUCUCUUUUGACUUCAGAAAUAGAGGAUGAAAAUGUUCAAUUUCUCCUCACCUGUUUCCCUACUAUACCAGCUCAUGAACUUGUGGAAGCACUUGAAUCACAAGAUAAUGACGUAGAGAAAGCAACAGAUCUUCUCCUAAAUAGAGAGUAUGUUCAGAGUGGAGACUAUGCACCAGAGAAUGCAAAAACAGGAAAUUUGAGGAGCGAAGUUCUUCCAGAGCAAAACAGGAGGAAGAAGAAUAGCAACAAAAAUAAGAACAGCACAAAUACCGUUUGGUCUUCCGGUCAACUUCCUACCAUCGCCAGUUCGCAAGGGAAUGCUUCAAAUCCCGGUGCAGUUGCUCAAAAUAUGAGGAGCAUCAUGGCUAAACAGCAAGCAGAAGAAGAAGCAGAAUAUUAUCAACAUGAAUUAGCUACUGUACCCUUUAAUUUUUGGCACCAGUAUGACCCACUCAUUAAGAAACUUCAGUCCUAUUUUCCUACAGUUCCCUACUCUACAAUUUUGCACUGUACUCAGCAUUGUCGUGGCAACAUGAUUGCUUCAGUCAAGUUACUAAUGGAAAAGCAUCCAGAAUCUCAUCCAGAGCAUGAAUUGACCUGGCCAGUCCUAAAACAAUGUAUUCAAGUGAAGAAAGACUUGGGGUUAAUUAUGGAAGAUCGUUCAUCGGAAGAAGUUGCUAACGUUGCGCUUGGAGUUGUUCUACAGCAUAAAGAUGAUAAGAAACCCAAGACGAUUGAACAACUUGUUCAAAUUGGCAUUGAGCACUUCCUUUCAUUUGAUGUGAGUCAAAUAGAAUUGGAGGCGCGUCUCAAAAAAAUUGCACGAGAAAACGAAUUAAUUCACGCUAAGGCAAAGAAACGCGACAUACCCGUCAUACCUGAUUAUUUAUUGAUCCACAAUCAAGACUCUUACAUUGAAGAUGAUCCCGAGGAUUGCAGAGAUAUUGCAAUGCAACUGAUUUUAGAGAGAAAUGAAUUGUUUAAGAAGGCAGCAGCAGCCUACAGAGCAGCAAAGAAUAAAGGACCAGGAGAGGGAGGUAUUGCAUUUUAUUACUCAGAUACGGCGAGACAAUUGGAUGCACAGGCGAAAGAUUGGAAUAUGAGAGCAGCAAGAGCUACAGUCAGGAGACACCGAGUAAAAGAAAUGGACGACCAUCUGUUGGAUUUGCAUGGAUUGACAGUAGCUGAAGCACAAGUCUUAACAAGAGAGGGGCUGAAUCAAUGGUAUUCAAGAAGUCAAAUGCAAGCCGCUCGCAAACAAUUCAGACCUCUAAAGAUCAUUACAGGAGCUGGGAAGCACUCACAAUAUGGUGAGGCGAAGUUGCUACCAUCGGUUUUGAAGAUUCUCAAGAAGGAAGGCUGGCGGUACGAAAUGCCACAUCCUGGUUGUAUAUAUGUUAAAGGUGUUAUAAACCGAGAAUAAAGAGGGGUAUUUUUCCUUAUUUGGAGAAACAAAAGUAGUCCUUCAAAUAGAUUGUAUCCGAAUAGAAAUGUG